AUGUGUGGCAGCACCGAGCACCGGCGGUGCAACGUCAAACGCCUUCGAGGCAGUGCCGAAGGUCUGGGUGCCCAGAAGAAAUGGAGCCUCAGGCUGCAGCAGCCCCAGGAGCAGCUGUGGGUGACGGUGGGGCAGAUGCUCACCCUGACCUGCUCCAUCUCUGGAGAGGGUCCCCCUGGCCCUGUGGAGUGGCUGAAGGGCUGGGGCAGUGAGAACAAGACCAUUUAUGCUCAGACCAGCUCCAGUCCUCGUGUGACCAGGGUGGUGAAUGGAUCCAAUGUGGACUUCAGCAUCCAGAUCAGGGAUGUUCAGCCUGAGGACGCUGGCACCUACUACUGUGUGAAGUUCACGAGAACUGUGGGCCUAGGGGCUGGUCUCCAGGUGUUCCAGCAUGGAAAGGGGACAGUGGUGUCUGUACAUGACACAGCCCUGGCUCCUGGCAUGGUGGCUGCAGCUGUAGUGCUCUUCCUCCUCCUUCUCCUCGGCCUCUUGGUCACCCUUUGCAUGUACCGCAGGAAGCACCGCGGGCAGGCAGACAGCCAGAGCCUGUCCAGAGCCUGCUGUGCAGAGACCCCCAGCACCACCAGGUUGCAGCAAAGCAGCAAGGAGGACACCACCAUCCACUACGCUGACCUCCAGCCCCUGCCCACGGCCCCCUGGUGCGGCAGGAGCCCAGGCACCACCUGCUCUGAGUAUGCCAGCGUCAGGAUAGCUGCCAAGUGA